UCCUGAGCAGCAAACAUGCUUCAAACAGACUCGGAGUUCACUAAAACACGAUGGAUCUGUACCGUCAUCGGACUGGGCUUUUACCUGGUGGACAUUGUGACAGACGUUGGACUAGCAGUGAAGUACUUCCUGGUUGGAAACCUGGUCUGGGCUGGGCUGACUUUACUGUUUGUGGUGGUUGGCUCAGCAGCCACACAGGUCUUCAGCUACACCUGGUACAGAGAUGACACGAGGAACCCACUGGUUAAUCCUGGUGGAGACAAGCUGAUAUCUGGGAUGAACAGAGGAAGACUGAUUGGACUCCAUGUUUUGCAGAUGGGUAUCUUCACCAGGUACUACCACCUGUUGAAGGCAGGAUACAUGGCGGUGUGGUUCAAGUCAGCUGGGACUGCUGAAUUCUCCAGAGAGGUCCACUUGGUCCUGUUUGGUAGGGCGACCGAUCUGAGCAUGCUCAAACUGUUUGAGACGUUCCUGGAGAGUGCCCCUCAGCUCCUCUUCCAGAUGUAUAUCCUGCUGGGCCAUGGACACAAGUCCACAAUACAAUGCAUCUGCAUGGUGGGUUCAUUCAUCAACAUCGCCUGGGCUAUAGUGGACUACCGCCGGUGUCUCCGUCGAUCCUUACCCCAGGUCCGAGAGAUGCCUUCUGGCCUCCCUACAUUCGUCUACCUCCUAUACAAGCUGUUGACCAUCACCGCUCACAUCCUCAGCCUCAGCCUCUUCCUCGUCCUCAGCCCCUACAGUACCCUGGGAAUGGCUGUCGUCUGGCUGGCCGGUACCCUCUGGGCCCAUUGGGUCCGUACUGACUUCUGCACGUCUAAAGGUCUAGAGAGGCUCUAUCGGAUCAUCGUGGGAGUCGUCCUCAUAUUCACCUUCUUUAACGUGAAAGGACAGGAUACCAGAUGGCAGAUGGCUGUGUACUACGUUCUCUUUGCGUUUGUGAACCUCUCUGGUCCUUUGCUGCUGGUUCUGGUGAGGCCAGAGGUUAACGCUACUGAGUACUUCUGGCCGGUGACUCUGCUGAUAUUGGGAGGGACCGUUCUAGGGCUGGCCUAUCUGCUUCUGUAUUAUAGCGUCUAUCACCCCAGAGGGAGGAGUUUACAGGCAGAUGAGGUGGAUGGACACAUGGGACAGGAGAGAGAACCAGAUACAAUGCUGAGAAUGAGGAACUUCCUACAGCUCUGAGGCUCACCUUCCUAUUCGCCACAUAUUCAAUGGAGGAGUUAAAAGGACAAUCAGUCAUUUGAAAAACAAGAAAGGUGUCACCCAGACACGUUGUUCUGUUAAACAGCUAAGGGGGAUGGGUUGGAGAAAUGUAACUGCUAAGACAAACUCUGGUUGGUGGACUGUCUAGUUGGUGGACUGUCUAGUUGGUGGACUGUCUAGUUGGUGGACUGUCUAGUUGGUGGACUGUCUAGUUGGUAGACUGUCUAGUUGGUGGACUGUCUAGUUGGUGGACUGUCUAGUUGGUGGACUGUCUAGUUGGUGGACUGUCUAGUUGGUGGACUGUCUAGUUGGUGGACUGUCUAGUUGGUGGACUGUCUAGUUGGUGGACUGUCUAGUUGGUGGACUGUCUAGUUGGUGGACUGUCUAGUUGGUGGACUGUCUAGUUGGUGGACUGUCUAGUUGGUGGACUGUCUAGUUGGUGGACUGUCUAGUUGGUGGACAGUCUAGUUGGUGGACAGUCUAGUUGGUGGACUGUCUAGUUGGUGGACAGUCUAGUUGGUGGACAGUCUAGUUGGUGGACUGUCUAGUUGGUAGACAGUCUAGUUGGUGGACAGUCUAGUUGGUGGACUGUCUAUUUGGUGGGCAGUCUAGUUGGUGGACUGUCUAUUUGGUGGGCAGUCUAGUUGGUGGACUGUCUAUUUGGUGGGCUGUCUAGUUGGUGGACUGUCUAGUUGGUGGACUGUCUAGUUGGUGGACUGUCUAGUUGGUGGACUGUCUAGUUGGUGGACUGUCUAGUUGAUGGACUGUCUAGUUGGUGGACUGUCUAGUUGGUGGACUAAAUAGUUGGUGGACAGUCUAGCUGGUGGACUGUCUAGUUGGUGGACUGUCUAGUUGAUGGACUGUCUAGUUGGUGGACUGUCUAGUUGGUGGACUGUCUAGUUGGUGGACUGUCUAGUUGAUGGACUGUCUAGUUGGUGGACUGUCUAGUUGGUGGACUGUCUAGUUGGUGGACUGUCUAGUUGGUGGACUGUCUAGUUGGUGGACUGUCUAGUUGGUGGACUGUCUAGUUGGUGGACUGUCUAGUUGGUGGACAGUCUGGUUGGUGGUCUGUCUAUUUGGUGGGCAGUCUAGUUGGUGGACAGUCUAGUUGGUGGACUGUCUAGCUGGUGGACAGUCUAGUUGGUGGACUGUCUAGUUGGU